AUACACACACGCUUUUUGGGGUGGCGCCCGUUCGUACGGAGGAAAACCGCUCGGUCGGGAGGGGAAGCGCGAAAAUGUUUCAAAAUUUUGUUCACCUUCCCGUGGAAGGUUUAUUCAUUGGCCAACGCUUGCCCGGGACGGUACCCGUGCCGGAAACUUGUUUCGAACGGUUCCUAGUGUUUGGUGACUAAGGGUGGAUUUUUCUUUACAGAAAGAAAGAUUGGUGAAAAAUUAAGAACUUAAAAGUGACAGUGUGUGGUUUAUUUUGUUUCGAAAAGCAAAAAAAGUGUAAAUUCGAAGAAGUACAUUAACCGUCUGAAAAGGAGGUUUAAAUUAAAUCGAACGUGUAACCCAUUAGUAAGGAGUAACAUUAGAAAACUAUUAACACGUCCCCCGGACUGGUGAAAAGUUUGGUGAAAUACGUACCAAUCCGCAUACCAGGAAGCAAAAACGACAGAUUUGUCAGUGACUUGUACGUGCCGCUCGGCGACAGUGUGCAAAAGACGUCCACCAAAAAGGGUGAAGUGGAAAUUAAUUUUCACGUGUGUUACACCGAUCGGAACGUGAGCGUUUGUGAACCUUUGGUGCGAUUUUGUGGCGAAAGGACAUACACACAGGAGAAAAAAAGAACUUCCCACCUGUGUUUCUGGAUAUUAAACGCUCGCCACAAUCUAGACAGCGUUGUGCGUCGUGCAAAAAAACCAUGCGAUCCUUGUGGGUGUUUCUGCUGGUGGCAGCGCCACUAGUGCUGGCCGACGAUAAGCUAAAGAAACCGACACCAGUAGCGUCUGUGGCAUCAUCAUCAAAGAUCGCGGACAGUAUUGCUAGCCCCAGUGUGACCGAGUACAAAAAGACUCUUAUCCGUAAGCCGAAGCGAUCGAAUGGUGAAAUUCCACUGUUGAUCAUUCGACCGGUGGAAAAGCGUCGUAAGAUCUACUUUAAGGAACCGACGGUGAAAAUUGCGUCCGGCGGUGUGGCCACGUAUGGAACCUAUCCUGAGCUACAUACGAGCGACGGUGAAAUGUUUACGCUCGAGCACAUGCUGCCCAUCCUGAGUCUGGAGGGAAUGCUGAAGGGUUUCACCAAGCACGGACCCAACCACUUUGUGCCGUCGCCACAGUUCAAGCCAUCCGACAUCCAUCAUCUGGUGGCACCGCAGAAGACGAAGGAAGAGUACCAUCAUCAGCUAGCACCACUGAAACCGAGCCAGCUGUUGUCCAUCUCGCACAAACCGGCGGAGGCCGUGCCGGCGCAGACGCUACCAUCGCCACCACCACCGAACUACGUACCGGCCGUAAAUUCUGAAGAUCAACUACUGAAACUUGGUCAACCACAGCCUUCCUUUUCACCCCUGGUACAGGAAAAGCCGGCGUUCGUCAAGCCCGAGCAGCUGCCCGCAAGCUUCAACUUCAAGGUCCAGGAAGAGGUCGGCCACUACAAGGUGAACGCGAUCCCGCUGUCGAAGCCAUCCGAGGUACACCAUUCGGCACCGCAUCAUCACUAUCCGACGUCCGGUGGGGCUACCAGCUACGUGGGAAGCCAGGGAAAACAUCAGUCGCAGCCACUCUACAUCCAUGCCGCUCCAUCGCCAUCGACUGAUCACUCCUCCAGCAAGUGGCAGGAGAUCCCCAAGAAACCGCAGGUAUCCGUGUCGACGAACUUCUACCACCCGAAAACGAUCGUGGCCGAACCGGAACAGCCUCAGCAUACGAAAUCUUACGCUCAGGCUCAACAAUCUGUCGCUCCUCAGCAACCUACCGUGCAGACACAUUUGAGUUAUUACUUCCCCAAGGAAGAGUCCGCACCGCAACCGUCAGCACACCAUCAGCACAGUCAUCAGUCGGCAACGUCUUACAGCAAUGUUCAGGCAAGUGCAAGCGGAUCGACCGGAGAACAUCUUGCCGACACACCGGCCGAAAAGCCCAUCCACAAGACGUACAGCUCACACAUUAAGCAGAAGUAUCAGAAGCAACAUCACCAGCAGCCACACGUUUUCAUCCAGAAGUACUUUGAAUUCCCGUCCAAGAGCGGGGCGCACCAGAAGAAUGUUGUCAACGAAUUCCACGGUUCACAUGGCAAUGAAACUUCGGAACAUCAGCAUCUCCCCGAACCGCAGGCCUAUGCUGCCCCACAGUAUUUGCCAUUGCCGCAACCACAAGCCUUGCAUCAACCUCAGCAUGCUCCCGCUAUCACAGGCCCUGGUGCACAAACGUUACACCUGCAACUGCACCAUCCCGUACAUCACCCGGUGCAUCAUCCGAUGCAUCAUCCUGGAGGUCCUGCCCAAAGUUACUGGAAGUUUGGACGCCGCACUCAGGAUGCCGCGGUUAAACCGGUCGUGGAGCAUACCAACGAACCAGAUCACCAUGAUAGCCAGCAUGCCGCUUCCGGGUCGGUGUUGCGUCAGGUAAAGCACACAACAGUGUCGAUAAGUAGCUCAAGCUCAACCGAGACACCGGCUGCUAGCGGCAAUAAGGACACAAAAGAUGGACAGACGGCACAGGAUCGUAUUGAUCAAACGUCACAAUCUUCCAACGGAACUGCCAGUACCAGUGCACCGACACGGACACCGAAACAAAUCCAACACGGAUGUGAACGACGCUGCAUUCGCAAUACCGUCGCACAGGCCUACGAACCCGUAUGUGGAACCGACGGAGUGACCUACUCCAACCGGGGUAAACUACGUUGUGCCCGAACUUGUGGUAACGAUGAUCUCGAGAUCCGAUCGUACGGCGAAUGUUCCACGAACGCACGGAACGCAUAAUGCACCGGGCGGUUUCUCGUAAAGCGGAACAACCGAUUAGCGAUCAUUUCCGCUUUCACUCAGACUCAAUUUCGCCGGGGGGCUGUACACCGAUCGUCUGAUCGGAAAUGAUGCUGCCAAACUGCUAUCAUCCGAAAUCGCUCUUUUGCACGAUAAACGCUCGCACACGCGUGGAGAAAUGGAAAAACAAUAUCGGUUACCAUGGUUACCUUGGUUGAAAUGGGCGCUUUCCUCGCAUUUGUAGCCUUUGGUUUUUGUUUCUUUUAAACCGCUCAGCGAUCGACUAUCGAUCGAUGGAGCUUACGGGAAUGUUACGAUCUAGCUGUGCUGCAGCUGGAGCAGCUUUUUGAUCCAAUUUUGCGAUCGUAGAAGAAGAAAACGUGUUAGUGAUUUAUUUAUUUAUUGGCUCGUUGAGCCGCUGUUUUGUUACUUUAGCUGUUUUUUUCUUCGUUUUGGUUCAAAUUUUGGUUUUUACAAUCAAUUCAUCUACGUCGAAUCGACCCAUCCACACAUGUAGGCUGUAAGAUUAUUUUAAUUACCAAUGCAAUGAGGCUCGGCAAACCAAUUCGCGUUUGUAGCAAGGGGCAACGAAAGCAGAAAUUAUACAUAUAAAUAAAAUGGUGAUGAUUAUCAAAAUGAACGGAGUAAAGAGAAAGAAA